UGGCGGACAUAUGUACGAACCGCCUGGUGCCAGAAAUCGAACGUUUGAAUGCAAAGACAAGCACACUAACGAUGUUGAUAUGUCACUAAAGACUUACAGUAAGUGGAUUUUAAAAAUGACAGAAUCAGGGAAUGUAGAGGAAAACGAAAAUGUAUUAGGUCAUCUAACAUCCAUCCUACAUAUGUAUACAAACAAGCAAAGAAGUCUAGUAAAGCCUGUAAAUCCUUUAAUUUUAUGUAUGGCAUUGAGUAUUAAUGGAGUUGAUACAGCUAAAUUUGAUGAUGAUGAAAUUCAAUUCACACCUGAGCUUGCAGAACGG